AUGGAGGAUCAAACGUUGUCGGCAGCAGCAACGAAGACAGCAUUUCUAGAUGCUCCCCUUCACGCAAUUGGGUUCGAGAUUGAUGACUUAUCACCCCACAGGGUCACUGGUCGUUUACCUGUUACCCUGAAAAGUUGUCAGGGAUUCAAGGUUUUACAUGGUGGGGUAUCAGCUUUGAUAGCAGAAGCUCUUGCAAGUAUUGGGGCCCACAUGGCCUGUGGUUAUAACAGGAUAGCAGGUAUUCAACUUAGUAUCAACCAUAUGAAACCUGCUCAAUUGGGUGACCUUGUUUUUGCUGAAGCUACUCCUAUCAAUCUUGGCAAAACCAUUCAGGUGUGGGAGGUGCAGCUUUGGAAGAAUGAUCCUUCAAAGUCAAAGGACAAAAUCUUGGUAUCAUCUUCUAGAGUUACUAUUAUAGUCAAUAUUCCUAUGCCUGAGCAUGCAAAGGCUAAUAGUGAAAUUCUCAAGAAGUAUGCAAAGCUGUGAAAGUGCAAUUGACAAUUGUCGUAUGCAACUGGGAAGAUAAUAAAUUGUUCAAAUUUUAUACAAUGUGUUUCUUAUCUGUAAAACCUGCCAGACAUCUGUUUUUGUGUCUGUUUCAUUUUCAAUACCAGA